AUGUUAAAUGAUGAACUGCUUUCCAUUUGGAGCUCGUUGCCGAAAGGAACAGUAUUAUUUCCAGUUAACUCUGUUCAUGUUGAUAAAUCAAAGUCUAAGACCUCGAUACGACAGAUAUUCCGCUCCUGGUCCAUUUACACAUUUAAAUUGAAGAGUGUUUACAACAAUUACCCCUGCAGAGACAGUUCCAAGAGUUUAGAAACGGCCAAAAAUCUUGGAGAAUCCAACGCGUCCGGACCCAUUUUGACGAAACCGCUACCCUCAUUGUCCUCAUUACGUGAAUACGUAGGGUGUCUUUCAACAUCAAAUAUGUUCGAGACCGAAGAUCCCAUAUUGCAUACCGAAAGGGCAACGAAUAAAAGUCAUCCAUAUGAAGAAAUCAAUCAAAGACAAAUCAUCAGCUUUGAACCGAUUCAAAUCUACUUUUUCUCUACGGAGAAGCCUAUCCACUAUCUCAGUAAUGUGAAGAAAAAAAGGUUCAAUUGUACAUCAAGGGUUAGGCGUGGAAGGAGCGAAAUUUCAGUUACUGAACAGGUGACAAAGGAUGGCUCUUAUAUUAAUGUAGAUGUCCUUUCUGGGGACACUAGAGUUGCAAAUUUAACUCGAAUAGAAAUAAAUGACAAUGACGGAACUUACAACAAAACAAGCAACAAUGAAAAUUCUCUACAUUCACUAAACUCGACAAGGUUAUCAGCAUACACAGACAAACAGAACCUCAUCAGCACUACAAACCGCCCUGCCAAAAUAGAUACCCAACCGUUGACAGCAGAAGGUUGCUUUCAAAAAAUAAGCAGGUGCCGUGCUAAACGAUAUCCAUUUUCGGAUAACUAUUCUUCUCAGUCGCAACAGUAUGCACAAAUCGCUAAUGCCAUUGAUGAGGUAUCAAAAGAAUAUCAAAAUGUAUUCAAUUCUGAGGCUAAGAAGCAAUGUACCUCUUGGUUCGCUUCGAUUGACAAUCCUUGCUUCUUUCAAACGGCAAUCUCUGACUGUAAUAAUGAAGAUCUGGACUUCAGCUUCUGUUCUUUGGACAGUGGCUCUAGCAUGACGUUUGAAUCAAUGUUUUCACAGUUAUCAUUUAAUCUUGAUAAUGCCUCAGAUUACAUUGCUGCUAUGAAUUACGACAGUGCAUUUGACUUACAAUGGCAAGAAGCUUUUCAUAAAGUAAAAAACAAGGCAUCCAAUGUUGUGGAUCUUUUAGACAAAUUCGCUUUGGCUAUGCAUGAAUUGAUUCAACUAGGACAUUCUACGGAAGCAUAUGCAACUAAGGAUGUAUACAGCGACACAACAAUCAAUAAUACCAAUCACUCCGUAACUGUAUAUCCUUCGACAACAUGGCUGGAUAUAUAUUCGCAUUUCUAUAAUCUAUUUCAAUGUGGGCAGUUUACGGUUGAGCACAUCAUCUACGUUUUUUCUUACGUUACUCGUAUGCUUCAAAAGUCGAAGAAAAUAAUAUCAGAUUUGAAUUGGAGGAUGAUCUCAACAGCAGCUCUACUAACAGCAGCAAAAGUUUUAGAUGAUUGUUCAAUCUUUAAUGCCGACUUUAUCACAAUAUUGCCCGAAUUGUGCCUUGUCGAUAUCAAUAUAAUUGAGAGAGCGUUUUUAGACGAUAUAUGUUGGAAUGUUAAUCUACGUUGCCAUGAAUUCGCAGCCGCCUACUUCUAUUUGAAUAAUCAUGCGUUUAUUGGACAGGAAUAAACUUAGAGUGAUUUGUAGCACCCAACCAUUCGCUUAUUCCUACGAGUAAGGUGUUACUCUAUUAAAGGAAAGAUGUCGCCUGACAUUGAUUAAAAUAUAGAUUUGUGAUUACUCAAUAAGGCUACUAUAGCUUCUCAAGUAUUUAAUGAUAAAAUACAGUUCACAUACUUGUGCUGACCCUUGAUACUCUAUGUUUGAGAGUUAAUAGCGUUCUUAAAUAACUUUGAGUUACUCUAAACAAAGACUGAUAAGAAUAAAAACAGUAAACUGAGUGCUGUUACAGAACGGG